UCUUAGUCUCUGGAGGGUUUUAAAUAAGAAAGUAAUAGAGAAAAGACAACAAACAAACAAAAUGCGUUUUAUUGCGGUAAUUUUAUUGCUGCUGUGUGUGGGUCUAACGCUGGUCCGUAGCAGACCCAAUGUGGAUAAAAUUUUGAAUACCCAAAUUGCUAAAGCUAAUCUUGAACAAAUUGAUAACAUUUUCCUUUUAACUGAUAACCUGAGCCCAGUGGAAGCCGAUAGCUUUGCUCCCAAAAGAGUAGCUAGAGGUCUUAUAAAAUCCAUAGCCCAGAAAAAGGAGUCACUAUUUAAAGGUCACCGCCAUAGAGGAAGUGAUGAAAGUAUUGGCAAUAUAUUGCCUGAAAGACCAGGAAAAAUAUUGGAAGAAAGAUUCCCAAUAGGAAUCGGAGGUGGCCGCGGAAAUAUAAUCGGCGGCAUAGGAGGGCGCUUACCCAUAGGUGGUAUAAUUGGUGGCUUGUUAAAGGAUAAGAAAGCUCUAUUAGAAGCUCUGUUUGAAGGAGGUCUUUCCUCUGUUAAGAUAUUAGGUGGUGGUGGUCUGUUGCCACGCAAACAUCUUAUUUUGAAAGCUUUACUGGACAAUUUGGACUUUGGAUUGCUGAAAUUUCCCCUUACCGAUGCUGCUGGCAAAGUUUUGGCUACUAAAAAAGCUUUUUUGGAAGCUAUACUUGAUAAAGGCUUAAAAGUUUUAAAAUUCCCCCUAACUGAUGGAGCUGGUGGUAUAUUAAAGGGAAAAGCGGAUCUAUUGGCGGUUAUACUGGGAGAAGCUGUUGAUGUAGUAACUGAUGUGGUGGAAGCCGUUUUAGAUGUACCCGCAGAUUUGUUAUCUGAACUCUUAGGUAGUGGUGCUUUAUCAGCCUUAAAGUUCCCCAUAACCGAUGCAGUAGGAGGAGUUUUAAAUGGCUUGGGUGAUCUAUUGGCUAUAGUUAUACAGGGAGUUUUUCGAGUUUUACAAUUUCCCAUUACUAAUAAGGCGGGAGUGGUUUUAAAGGAUCCCAUAGCUUUAUUAGAAGUGCUUAUAAAUAAUAGUCCUUUAAAAAUAUUAAAGUUUCCCAUAACUGAUGCAGCCGGUAAGGUUUUGAAGGAUAAAUUGUCAUUAUUAAAGGGCAUAUUGGAUGGCAGUGUUUUUAAGGUUUUAACAUAUCCCCUUAACGAUGCAGCUGGUGUGGUGCUCAAAAGCCCAGAUGCCAUAUUAUCCGCCUUAUCUAGUGAUGGUGCUUUGGCAGCUUUAGGCUUACCCUUUACAGAUGCUGCGGGUAAAAUUAUAAAGGGAAAGCAGGAACUUUUAAGUACCGUAGUAGGAGGUGCUUUAUCGGCACUAAAAUUCCCUUUAACAGAUGGAGUCGGGGUGGUGCUAAAAACCCCAGCAGCUUUAUUGGAUACACUAUUUUCGGCUGUCAAAAAGCUUUUACAAGCUAAACAGGAUCUUUUACAUGCUUUGUUGGUGCAUGGCGCUCCCAAUUUUAAAUUCCCCAUAACUGAUGUAUCUGGCACAGUGCUACACGACAAAGCUGAUCUUUUGGCCGCUUUCCUAGAUGGUGAUGCUUUUGGCGCUUUAAAGUUUCCCCUUACUAAUGGCGAUGGUUUGGUAUUCGAAAAUGAAGAUCAUUUAUUACAACUUAUGUUUGAGGCAGGCGUUUUAGCUUUGGAAUAUCCCUUAACUAAUGUUUGGGGAGUAGUAUUGAAAAAUGAGGCCGAUCUAGUGGAUGCUUUAAUUGACGCCAGUGCUUUGGUGGCCUUAAAGUUUCCCAUAACUGAUGCCGCGAAAACCGGUUUAAAGGAUACAGAAGCUUUUCUACAAGCCUUACUGCAGGGCAAAAUAAAAUUCCCCAUAACUGAUGCUACCGGUGAGGUAAUAAAGGACUGGGCAGAGUUACUGGGUUUACUAUUGGACUCGGAUGCUUUAGUGGAAUUGGGUUUUCCCAUAACUGAUGACGAUGGGGCAGUUAUAAAAGACAAAGCAGAGCUAAUGGCCGAUUUACUACAUGGCGCCUUUUCUAUCUUAAAGUUUCCCAUUAAAGAUGCUGCCGGAGAAAUACUAAAGGAUAAAGUGCAGCUGCUACAAAUCCUGUUUGAUGCCAGUGUUCUGUCACCUUUAAAAUUCCCGGUAAAAAAUCCCACCGGAGGCUUAAUAGACAAUAAGUUGCAAUUGUUGGAAACUUUACUGGGUGGAAUUGGUAGCUUAACAUCACCAAAUUUCCCUUUGACGGGUUUAUUGGGAGGUGUUUUCAAGGAUAAAGAAAAUCUAUUGCAAUUGGUGCUGGACAAAGGUUUAACAGCCUUAAAAUAUCCUUUAACUGAUAUAGCUGGAGGUGUAUUGAAAACCAAAUUAGAUCUAUUGAAAUUCCUAUUAGAUGCUGGACCAUUGGCUGCCUUAAAAUUCCCCAUAACUGAUGUGGCAGGAGCCGUAAUAAAAGACAAAGCAGCCUUACUAGAUACCCUACUAAAUACUGAUGCUUUAGGGGCUUUAAAAUUCCCUCUAACUGAUGUAGCCGGUACGGUUUUAAAGGGCAAGGUGGAAUUAUUGGGCUCUUUGUUAAAUGGUCUAUCAGCUCUAAAGUAUCCUUUAACCGAUGCUGCAGGAAAAAUAUUGAAAAAUAAGACGGCUCUUUUGGAAACUGUACUCAACCUAGUCCUCUCAGUGCUUAAGCCGGUAACUGAUAUAAUAGGUGGCAUUUUUGAUGGACAACCCGAUGUUGAAGGAGAUAUAGUAGGAGAUGAUUUACCGGGCAAUUCAAUUUUAUUGGAAACACUUUUAAGCGGCAAGGCUUUACCUGCCUUAAAGUUUCCUGUUACAGAUGCCAGUGGUGGGAUAAUAGAAAACAAUCUGGAUUUAAUGGAAAACAUAUUUACUAAUGGUGUACUAGCUCUACAAUUCCCCAUUACUACGGCUGCGGAUGUGGUUUUAAAAGAUACAAAAGAUCUUUUAUUCGCUCUAUUUGAAGGCGGUUCUUUGGCAUCUCUGAAAUACCCUAUAACUGAUUCUAUUGGCUCUGUCUACAAAGAUAAAAAUAGUCUAUUGGAGGCUUUUAUUAAGGAUGGCAUAUCAGACUUUAAUUAUCCCGCCAAAGAUGCAGCUGGAGUCAUGUUAAAAGACAAAGCAGAUGUAAUGCGAGCUUUGGGUGAUUUGGCAACCUUCCAAUUUCCUUUAACUGAUAAAACAGGAGCUGUGAUUGGAGAUAAACUAACUUUUAUACAUUUUCUACUUAACAAGGGACUAGAGACCAUAAAGUUUCCCUUAACUGAUGCGGAGGGAGUAGUUUUAUCCGAUAUACAAGCUGUAAAAGAUAAACCCCAAAUAUUGGAUUCGCUUUUAAGUGGUAAAGCUUUCGCCACCAUAAAGUUUCCAGUAACUGAUGCUAGCGGAAAGGUAUUGGAGGACAAUCUCGAUUUGGUGGAUUAUAUAUUUGAUAAUGGUUUAUUAGCUCUACAAUAUCCCAUUACCAAUGAUGCUGGUGUUGUCUUUAAUGAAGAAAAAGAUGUUUUAUUGACUCUCUUUGAGGGUGGUUCCUUGGCAUCCUUGAAAUUUCCCUUAACUGAUAAUGCUGGCACUGUGAUAAAAGAUAAAGUUAGUCUAUUGGAUCUCUUUAUAAAGAAGGAUUUAUCAGCUAUUAAAUAUCCAGCUACAGAUGCUGCUGGAGUUACUUUGAAAGACAAGGCAGAUGUGAUUCGAGGCCUGGGUAAAUUAUCUGCCUUAAAGCUUCCACUAACCGACAAAAAUGGUUCAGUUCUCGCUGAUAAACUAGCUUUCAUUAGUUUUAUACUUAACCAUGGAUUAAAGGCCUUAAAGUUUCCCUUAACAGAUGCCGAGGGAGAUGUUUUAGCGAACAUACAACUGGUAAUACAAUUAAUAGGAGGAUCAAUAGAGGUUAAAUCCGAUGAAAAACCAGUAGUAUUGGACUCAUUGCUAAGUGGUAAAGCUUUUCCGGAAAUUAAGUUUCCAGUAACUGAUGCCAGCGGCGCAGUAUUAGAAGAUAGCCAGGACUUAGUGGAAAAUAUACUUGAUGGUGGUGUAUUAGCUCUUCAAUUUCCCAUUACGAAUGCCGCUGGAGCCGUUUUAAAUGAUGAAAAUGAUCUUCUAAGUCUUCUAUUUGAUGGUGGAUCUUUAGCAUCCUUGAAAUUUCCCAUAACUGAUGCUGCUGGUACCACUAUUAAAGAUAAAGACAGUUUAUUGGCUGCUUUUAUUGAGAAGGGUUUAUCGGCUAUUAAAUAUCCCGCUAAAGAUGCUGCAGGGGUAACCUUGAAGGACAAGGCAGAUGUUAUACGAGGCCUGGGUAAUUUAGCUGUUUUAAAGUUUCCUUUAACCGAUAAAACCGGAACUGUGCUUGGCGAUAAAAUUGCUUUAAUAAGUUUUCUAAUUAAUAAUGGACUGAAAGCCUUAAAGUUUCCCUUAACUGAUGCAACAGGAGCAGCUUUCGGUAGUAUACAGAUCGUAAUACAAGUAAGAGAGGAAUCAGUAGAUGUAAAGCCCGAUAAAGGUGGCGAGAAAACGGAGUUAUUACAAUCCCUGCUAAGUGGUAAAGCUUUCCCAGAUAUCAAGUUUCCAGUAACUGAUGCCAGUGGCGGAGUAAUGGAAGACAACUUAGAUUUAGUGGAAAAUAUACUUGAUGGUGGCGUUUUAGCUCUACAAUUUCCCCUCACCAAUGCCGCUGGCAAUGUUUUAAAUGACAUAAAAGAUCUAUCAAUCCUGCUAUUUGAUGGUGGUUCUUUGGCUUCCCUUAAAUUUCCCAUAACUGAUGCUGCUGGUACCGCUAUAAAGGAUAAAGUCAGUCUAUUGGAUGCCUUUAUUAAAAAUGGUUUAUCUGCCAUUAAAUAUCCAGCUACUGAUGCCGCUGGUGUUACUCUAAAUGACAAGGCAGAUGUUAUCCAAGGUCUUAGUAAUUUAGCAGCUUUAAAGUUUCCUCUAACUGACAAAACUGGCGCUGUUCUGGGUGACAAACUAGCUUUACUAAGUUUUGUAAUUAAUAACGGAUUAAAGUCCCUAAAGUUCCCCUUAACUGAUGCAACAGGCGCAGGUUUAGCAAGCAUAAAAGUAGUAAUACAUAUAAGAGAAGAAUCUGUAGAUGUAAAACCCGAUAUUGAUGAUGACAAACCAGAUGAAGGUGGUAACAUAACGAUAAUAUUACAAUCACUACUAAGUGGCAAAGCUUUUCCUUUCAUAAAGUUUCCAAUAACUGAUGCCAGCGGUGGAGUGUUAGAAAGCAAUGUUGACUUGGUAACGAACAUACUGGGUGGUGGUGUAUUAGCUCUACAAUUUCCCAUUACCAACGCUGCUGGCGAUAUUUUAAAUAAUAAAAAAGAUCUCUUAAUCGCUAUAUUUAAUGGUGGUUCCUUGGCUUCCCUUAAAUUCCCCAUAACUGAUGCUGCAGGCACAGUUUUAAAAGAUAAAGAUAGUCUCUUGGAUGCUCUUAUCAAGAAUGGCUUAUCAGGCUUUAAGUAUCCAGUUACAGAUGCUGCUGGAACUACUUUAAAUAGCGAAUUAGAUGUUAUAGAAGGCCUGGAUAAUUUGGCAGCCUUGAAGUUUCCACUAACCGACAAAACUGGAGCUGUAAUCGGUGAUAAAUUAGCUUUAAUAAGUUUUGUUAUAAAUAACGGCUUAAAGACCUUGAAAUUUCCCAUAACUGAUGCGGCAGGAAAAGCUUUACCAGAUAUAGAAACAGUGUCUGAUUUAUUAGGACUCCCAACGAUGGUUUUGGAUGGAUUGGGAGGAAUUUUGGAUGGCAAAGUAGAUGUUUUGAAGACUCUAUUAGAUGACAAAGUUUUCUCUGCCUUUAAAUUUCCAAUAACUGAUGCUAAUAACAAUGCUAUAACAGAUAUAUUUGCAUUAUACAGAAUCUCGCUUAAUGGUGCUCUAUCCGCUUUACAAUUCCCCAUAACGGAUAGCACUGGUGUUCAAAUUAAGAACAAAGAACAACUUUUGCAGCUUAUUUUCGACAAUAGUCCAUUGGCCUCUCUUAAAUUCCCAUUAACCGAUAAAACUGGUGGAAUUUUGAAGGACAAACAAGCUUUCUUAGUCGCUCUAUUACAGGGAGAUUUGUCCUCUUCCAAAUUUCCCAUAAAAGAUGCUGCUGGUCAAAUUUUAGAAAGCGAGUUCGCUAUAUUCCGGACCUUAACGGAUACUAAAGCUUUGGAGUCUCUAAAGUUUCCCUUAACUGAUGCUAAAGGAGGUGUUUUAAAGAAUUUACUAGUUUUUAUAGAGAUUCUUAUAAAUAACGGUUUGAAGUCUUUACAUUUUCCGUUAACCGAUGCUGCUGGUGUAGUCUUGAACGGUAAAGAAGAUUUACUGGGUUCACUUCUGGGUGGUGUAACGGAUGUCGUGGGAGGAGUUGUGGAUGGUGUUGGAGGAAUAUUGGAUGGCAAAGUAGAUGUUUUGAAAACUCUGCUAGAUGACAAAGUUUUAUCUGCCUUUAAAUUUCCAAUAACUGAUGCUAAUAACAAUGCUAUAACAGAUAUAUUUGCAUUAUACCGAAUCUCCCUUAAUGGUGCUCUAUCUGCUUUACAAUUCCCCAUAACCGAUAGCACUGGUGUUCAAAUUAAGGACAAAGAGCAACUUUUGCUGCUAAUUUUCGACAAUAGUCCAUUGGCAUCUCUUAAAUUCCCCCUAACCGAUAAAACUGGCGGAGUUUUGAAGGACAAACAAGCUUUCUUAGUCGCUCUAUUACAGGGAGAUUUGUCCUCUUCCAAAUUUCCCAUAAAAGAUGCAGCUGGUCAAAUUUUGGAAAGCGAAUUCGCUAUAUUCCGGACCUUAACGGAUGCUAAAGCCUUGAAGUCUCUUAAAUUUCCCCUAACUGAUGCUAAAGGCGGUGUUUUAAAGAAUUUGCUAGUUUUUAUAGAUAUUCUUAUAAAUAACGGUUUAAAGUCGUUACGCUUUCCGUUAACCGAUGCCGCUGGAAUAGUUCUGAACGGUAAAGAAGAUUUGCUGGGUUCACUGCUGGGUGGUGUAACGGAUGUCGUGGGAGGAGUUGUGGAUGGUGUGGGAGGCGUUUUGGAUGGCUUGGGAGGAAUAUUGGAUGGCAAAGUAGAUGUUUUGAAAACUCUGCUAGAUGACAAAGUUUUAUCUGCCUUUAAAUUUCCAAUAACUGAUGCUAAUAACAAUGCUAUAACAGAUAUAUUUGCAUUAUACCGAAUCUCCCUUAAUGGUGCUCUAUCUGCUUUACAAUUCCCCAUAACCGAUAGCACUGGUGUUCAAAUCAAGGACAAAGAACAACUUUUGCAGCUAAUUUUCGACAAUAGUCCAUUGGCCUCUCUUAAAUUUCCCUUAACCGAUAAAACUGGUGGAGUUUUGAAGGAUAAACAAGCUUUCUUAGUCGCUCUAUUACAGGGAGAUUUAUCCUCUUCCAAAUUUCCCAUAAAAGAUGCAGCUGGUCAAAUUUUGGAAAGCGAGUUCGCUAUAUUCCGGACCUUAACGGAUGCUAAAGCUUUGGAGUCUCUUAAGUUUCCCCUAACUGAUGCUAAAGGAGGAGUUUUAAAGAAUUUAAUAGUUUUUAUAGAGAUUCUUAUAAAUAACGGUUUGAAGUCGUUACACUUUCCGUUAACCGAUGCUGCUGGAGUAGCUCUGAACGGUAAAGAAGAUUUGCUGGGUUCACUGCUGGGUGGUGUAACGGAUGUCGUGGGAGGAGUUGUGGAUGGUGUUGGAGGAGUUUUGGAUGGAUUGGGAGGAAUACUGGAUGGCAAAGUAGAUGUUUUGAAAACUCUGCUAGAUGACAAAGUUUUAUCUGCCUUUAAAUUUCCAAUAACUGAUGCUAAUAACAAUGCUAUAACAGAUAUAUUUGCAUUAUACCGAAUCUCCCUUAAUGGUGCUCUAUCUGCUUUACAAUUCCCCAUAACCGAUAGCACUGGUGUUCAAAUCAAGGACAAAGAACAACUUUUGCAGCUAAUUUUCGACAAUAGUCCAUUGGCCUCUCUUAAAUUCCCAUUAACCGAUAAAACUGGUGGAGUUUUGAAGGAUAAGCAAGCUUUCUUAUUCGCUCUAUUACAGGGAGAUUUGUCCUCUUCCAAAUUUCCCCUAAAAGAUGCUGCUGGCCAAAUUUUGGAAAGCGAGUUCGCUAUAUUCCGGACCUUAACGGAUGCUAAAGCUUUGGAGUCUCUUAAGUUUCCCUUAACUGAUGCUAAAGGCGGAGUUUUAAAGAAUUUACUAGUUUUUAUAGAAAUUCUUAUAAAUAACGGCUUGAAGGCCUUACACUUUCCAUUAACCGAUGCCGCUGGAAUAGUUCUGAACGGUAAAGAAGAUUUGCUGGGUUCACUGCUGGGUGGUGUAACGGAUAUCGUGGGAGGAGUUGUGGAUGGUGUGGGAGGUGUUUUGGAUGGCUUGGGAGGAAUAUUGGAUGGCAAAGUAGAUGUUUUGAAAACUCUGCUCGAUGACAAAGUUUUAUCUGCCUUUAAAUUUCCCAUAACUGAUGCUAAUAACAACGCUAUAACAGAUAUAUUUGCAUUAUACCGAAUCUCCCUUAAUGGUGCUCUAUCUGCUUUACAAUUCCCCAUAACCGAUAGCACUGGUGUUCAAAUCAAGGACAAAGAACAACUUUUACAGCUAAUUUUCGACAAUAGUCCAUUGGCCUCUCUUAAAUUUCCCUUAACUGAUAAAACUGGUGGAGUUUUGAAGGAUAAACAAGCUUUCUUAGUCGCUCUAUUACAGGGAGAUUUGUCCUCUUCCAAAUUUCCCAUAAAAGAUGCUGCUGGUCAAAUUUUGGAAAGCGAAUUCGCUAUAUUCCGGACCUUAACGGAUGCUAAAGCCUUGGAGUCUCUUAAAUUUCCCCUAACUGAUGCUAAAAGCGGUGUUUUAAAGAAUUUGCUAGUUUUUAUAGAGAUUCUUAUAAAUAACGGUUUGAAGUCUUUACACUUUCCGUUAACCGAUGCUGCUGGUGUAGUUUUGAACGGUAAAGAAGAUUUGCUGUGUUCACUGCUGGGUAGUGUAACGGAUGUCGUGGGAGGAGUAGUGGAUGGUGUUGGAGGUGUUUUGGAUGGAUUGGGAGGAAUUUUGGAUGGCAAAGUAGAUGUUUUGAAAACUCUGCUAGAUGACAAAGUUUUAUCUGCCUUUAAAUUUCCAAUAACUGAUGCUAAUAACAAUGCUAUAACAGAUAUAUUUGCAUUAUACCGAAUCUCGCUUAAUGGUGCUCUAUCUGCUUUACAAUUCCCCAUAACCGAUAGCACUGGUGUUCAAAUUAAGGACAAAGAACAACUUUUGCAGCUAAUUUUCGACAAUAGUCCAUUGGCAUCUCUUAAAUUCCCCUUAACCGAUAAAACUGGUGGAGUUUUGAAGGACAAACAAGCUUUCUUAGUCGCUCUAUUACAGGGAGAUUUGUCCUCUUCUAAAUUUCCCAUAAAAGAUGCAGCUGGUCAAAUUUUGGAAAGCGAGUUCGCUAUAUUCCGGACCUUAACGGAUGCUAAAGCUUUGGAAUCUCUUAAGUUUCCCUUAACUGAUGCUAAAGGCGGAGUUUUAAAGAAUUUGCUAGUUUUUAUAGAAAUUCUUAUAAAUAACGGUUUGAAGGCCUUACACUUUCCAUUAACCGAUGCUGCUGGUGUAGUUUUGAAAGGUAAAGAAGAUUUGCUGGGUUCACUGCUUGGUGGUGUAACGGAUGUCGUAGGAGGAAUUGUCGAUGGUGUGGGAGGAAUUGUGGAUGGUGUGGGUGGAGGUUUAGAUGGGAAAUUUGAUAUUAUUAAAACUCUGCUAGAUGGCAAAGCUCUAUCUGCUAUUAAGUUUCCAGUAACCGAUGCAAAUGAAGAAGUUUUUCCGGAUAUCUUAAGUCUUUACGAACUCAUAUUUACUGGUGCUAUGGAUGCUUUAGAAUUCCCCAUAACUGAUAAAACGGGUGCUCAAUUCGACGAUAAAGAAGCUGCCUUACGCUUGAUGUUUGAUAAUAGUCCAUUGGCUUCCCUAAAAUUCCCGUUAACCGAUAAAACUGGUGCCGUUUUAGAAGAUAAACAUGACUUCUUAAUAGCUUUGCUAGAUGCGGAUUUAUCCUCAGCUAACUUCCCUAUAAAAGAUGCUAAAGGUCAAGUUUUGCAGAGCAAGCUAGCUAUACUCCAGGCUUUAGGGGAUCCCAAGGCCUUCGGCGCUCUCAAGUUUCCCUUAACCGAUGAUAAUGGUAAAGUUUUAAAGGAUUUAUUAGUGUUCAUAAAGAUUAUUUUGAAUAUCGCUUUGGAAAGCAUAAACUAUCCUUUAACUGAUGCUGCUGGUAAAGUUUUAAAGAGUAAGACAGCCUUGCUGGAAUUGUUGUUGGGUCCGGGAGCAGCUUUGUUAGAGGGAAUUGGUGGUUUAGAUGAUUUGGGUUCAGCAGUGGGUGAUGUUAUAGGUGGUGGUUUUGGCCAUUCGGAUGAAGACUCUAGUGAGGACCUCGAAGGUGGUUUACCGGGUGGUAUUAUAAAAUUAUUGGGACAACAUAAGCAUUCUUUGCCAGCCGAUAAAGCAAUACUUUUAGAGCUAUUCGCCGAUGGUACCAUUAAUGAAAAGGAUUUAAGAUUAAUUUUAGGUGAUAAAAAAUUUCACGAAAUAAAAUCAAUGAUAUCGGGAGCCUUACAUGGUGGGGUAGAAUUUGAUGAGCCGAAGAAAACUGGUCUUGUGGGUGGUAUUCUAGAUUUACUGGGCGGCGUUUUGGGUUUAAGUCAUCGUCAUAGUCACGGCAGAUUACAACAGAAUAUUUCUGUUAAAUUAGAAAGAUUGCGUAAUCGCAAUUAAUUUACUUAUAAUGUUUUCUAUAGCAAAUCAAAUCCGGUUUUAAAUUGUAAAUUCUUUUAUUUUCAAAAAAAAAAAAAACAAAAAAAAAAACUUUAACAAACUUCUUUUAUUUAUUACAAUUUAGU